GCUUACUCGAAGUAAGAUGAGGAAGGUACUCUGCUGUGCACAGCUGCCUAUGAGUAAGUUAGGUGGUACCUUACAUGCUUGCCUUACUGAUACUGCUGAAGUGCAUGAAUGACGCCAAAUACCUACCUACCUAGGUACACAGCUAAACUACCAACCGCCUUUUUCCUAUAAGCCUUCAAAGGUAGCAGUAGCUUUCCCACCUAGAAAACAAGAUAAGAAAUCAGGAAUACAUUUAUUUCGUUAAGAGUCUGUAUAAGCAUGUCCUUUCCUCGGCCUUCCCUACAUUUGCUCUUUACGCCGCCAUGGCUGCUCGACCGACAGAACUCGGCGCUUCACCAACCGAGGUAGCUAUUGCAGAACCGAUAAUACCAGACCAGGACAAGGUCCGCGAGCCUGCGCAAGAAAUCGGUAGCACCCAAGACCAUCAUAGUUCAUCUACCUCGCCAUCUUCUCCGGUCGCUAGUUCUCGCAUAUCGCCCUUGGGCCUGGGCAACUCUGUAGGAGGCUCGGCGAAUGGGAGCUUCAAUUCCAAUGGCCGCGAGAUAUUCGUGACAGAUUUCCCGUCCCAUGCCCCAGGUACCAGCGCCGCUAGGGCGGGCUCUGACUCUGACCAUGUGCUGGCGGAUGCUGUUCAGCCUCUGCACAUAUCGGGAGCAAAGCUCGUUGCCAUGGUCUCUUCUGCGACUCUAGCUACGUUUCUUACGUUACUGGACAUGUCCAUCAUUGCCACCGCAAUUCCUCACAUCACCAGCGAGUUCAGCUCCAUCGAUGACGUUGGCUGGUAUGGGAGUGCGUACCAACUUGCAAGCAAGAAUGCUCACACCAUGCAUUACCCAAUACAACAGCGCGGCGUUGCACCCGAUUGGCAGUCGGCUGUACACUUAUAUAAACCUCAAGUGGACAUUCUUCAUUUUCCUAGUGCUGUUUGAGGGUGGCUCGCUGAUAUGCGGCUUGGCAUCUUCGUCCUUCAUGCUUAUUGUGGGCAGAGCCGUAGCCGGUAUGGGGUCCUCUGGUCUGAUGGGGGGCGGCCUCAACAUCAUCGCUGGUGCAGUGCCCAUGCACAAAAGGCCUUUGUAUAUUGGCAUCUUGAUGGGUUUUUCCCAGUUGGGAACAGUGUGCGGCCCGUUAUUGGGCGGAGCUUUCACUCAAUUCGUAUCUUGGCGAUGGUGUUUCUACAUCAAUCUCCCUGCUGGAGGUCUCUGCAUCUUCUUGAUGGCCCUUGUGAUGGUCCCGGUACAGGUCCCAAAUCUCUCGGGCCACGGCUUCGCCUCGCGCGGCCACGUCUACCUGACCCGCAGGUUCGACAUUGUAGGCUUCAUGCUGAUCGGUGGCGGCUCUGUCAUGCUCCUCUUGGCGCUCGAGUUUGGAGGCAAGACGCAGCCUUGGGAUAGCUCUGUCACCAUCGGUCUGCUUUGCGGUGCGGCCGGGGCAUUUGUGGUCUUUUGCCUUUGGAUGCACCGCCUCGGUGACGAGGCGCUCAUUCCCAGGUCGCUGAUCAGCCAGCAGGUCGUCUACACGGCGGCCGAAUGGGCUGGCUACCAGUUUAUCGCUGGCGCCGGUAGAGGCUUGUAUCUCCAAAUACCUAUCCUUGCCGUCCAAAGCUACCUUCGGCCCUGCGAUCUUUCGAUCGGCAUGUCGACCAUCGUCUUUGCCCAAACUCUCGGUGCAGCAAUUGUCCUAGUCAUAGGCUCCUCGGUCUUUCUCAAUUCGCUGCGCCACGAGAUCCCCGUCGCAGCACCGGAUGGCGACCUCCCGAAGAUCCUCAAGGCCGGUGCGACGGGAUUCCGCCAACUUUUUGAGAAGAACCACUCGCUCCCCGGUAUCAUCUUUUCCUACACACUAAGCCUCCAAAGAGUCUUUUAUGUCGUAACCGCCAUCGCCUGCCUGGCAUUCCUCAGCUGUUGGGGCAUGGGGUGGAAGAAUAUCGGGAAAAAUCAGGCCGCAACUGAGGUGGAGGUUGAGUCUGGGGCAGCUUUGAACGAGAGGGAAAAGAGGAGAAAGUCUCAGGCGCAGGUUGCCGGCCAUGCGGUCGAAACUGGCGUGCGACUGUCGCUAUCUGCGACCUGAAGGGCUUGGCCGUUGUUUGUCUCCGGGGGGUUCUUGUGCAACCAAAGCAUCCCUAUCAACGUGCGCGAUUGGAGCUUUUUUGUCUUGCGGCAGAUGGAGGUGCCACAGGUGCUCGGUUACUGACUGAACUUUCAGUCAUCAAAGAAAGUUUAGCACGCGUUGCCCCCUGGCUUUAAAUUUCGUGGUAUCUGUCAAACCAUGCUGGGAGAUUGAAACGCGUCGAGUCGACAUCUUUGGGUGUCACUUGUAUAACGAGGCAACGCAAAAGAGAUGGCGGAAUACAGCCUACAUUGGAGUGCCCGAAUUUGUAAGGGUUGGAAGAUUCCAUCGGCUUACACACCCCAUCAUCGUCUUCUCCUCAGGGCAUCAUUGAUGCUGCAUCGCAAGCUGUCAACAACACGCUACA